UUUAAAGCAUGCAAUAAAAAUGAUUUAAAAGAUAAAUAAAUAUGAUUAGUUGCUCUAAAUUAUAGUCUGAACAAGUUAUUACAUAAAAAAAUUAAUAUGAGCAACAUUACUUCGCAAAACGUGUCAUUAAAAUCAUUGUUAACACUUAAUAAUAAUGAUUUUAAGGAGUUUGUCUGUGGUUGGGGGGCUGCAGUUAUCAAUAUAUCUAUUACUUUUCCUAUUAAUAAAAUUAUAUUUAGACAGAUUUUGGAAGAUGUUCCAGCUAAUACUGCAUUUAAGCAGAUAUCCAGAGAAGGGAUACGAUUGCUGUAUCGUGGAAUCUUACCACCCCUUUGCCAAAAAGCUCUUUCGGUUAGUGUAAUGUUUAGUAUGUAUGAAGGUUGCAAAGAGCGUUUUCACACAUUAACAAACAAUGAUGUAUUAACUAGAGUAUUAGCUGCUCAUUUUGCUGGCACUGCUGAGGCUAUACUUAUGCCCCUUGAAAGAGUACAAACAUUACUACAGGAUUGGCGGUAUCAUAAUAAAUUUAAAAAUACUCCUCAUGCAUUUAAAUAUUUAUUGAAAAAUUAUGGUAUUUCAGAAUGUUAUCGUGGAUUAGUUCCAAUUGUAUAUAGGAAUAGUUGUUCCAACCUAAUGUUCUUUCUUCUGAAAGAAAAAUCAAAAGAAGUAAUGGGAGAACAAGAAUCAUUAUUAACAAGUUUUAUUAAUGGUGCUUUAAUAGGUGGUUUCACAAGUACUGUAUUUUACCCCAUGAAUGUAAUAAAAAUACAUAUGCAGUCAAAAAUAGGUGGCAAUUUUGAGAAAUUUAUGGCUGUUACUCGUGAAAUAUAUAUUGCAAGAAAUAGAAGUAUAGUGUCAUUUUACAAGGGUGUGCAUUUAAAUUGUAUGAGAUCAUUUAUUAGUUGGGGAGUCAUAAAUGCAUCUUACGAUUUCUUAAAAAAGAUCAUGUUUUCAUAA